GUUUUUACUUUUGACGAUACGGUAACGGGAGCACCAGGUCUGCAAAACACUGAAUUUGUGCUUGCAUGCGCAUUAUGGCGUCAUGCGUGUGCAGUUGAGAUCGCCAUGCACCCGGCAGAGGUUGCCCUGGAGGCUUGGGCUUUGUUGUCAGAGAGCCCACUUGCAGCGCCACACAGAGAGUUCACAGCAAGCCUGCCAAAUUUGCGGGGCGACCGGGUCCAGGAAACCUUGCGUGCGCUCAGUGAGAGUUGUCCCCUGCUGGGCAAAGAGGCAUCGCUGCUGCCUUUGGAGAAGAGUUUGCAUCGAAGUUGUCGUGAAGCAGGAGAAGUUCACUUCAUCAGCUUUUGGCGAAGCCUUGGAGAGGUCACUCUGGAGGAGGCAUCUCAAGUCUUGUCAGCAUCAAGCUCCUGCAGGACUUUUAGUUCGCCAACGGCGGCCAAGCGUGCCACGCCACCGGAGUGUUGGGUGGAAUCCGACUUCCAGCGGUGUGAGGCCGCGGCGGGCCUGACUUUGCCCUUCGGGCCAUUGGGGAGAGCUUCCUUGGAGGCUGCCCCAAGCCAGGCGAUGCAACAGGAGCCCUGUAAGAUGCCUUUGACGCCAAGGACUUGUCCGAGGACGGUGAUUCAGGAGUUGGAAGAUCUUCGUGAUGUCAUGAUGGAUCACUUCGAGGCAUCCAAGGACGAUAACGUUCCGAUGACACUGUUCUGGGAAGCUGUAAGGUCCAUCCAGAGUAGCUCUGACUCUCCUGAGUUCUGGCGCAAACUUUCAGCCCAGAUGGGCCAAGCAGGAAGCGAUCGGAUCAGCAUCUCAGAGAUCACCACGGUGCUCCUACUGUGGCUUCGCGAAGCUGCUGCGAAUGAGCUCCCCUACGACGAACUUGAGGCUUCAGGCACUGCAGUUGCUGCCAACGCUUCACCUCGACCUUGCUCCGAGGCAGAUGACCUUCCGAUCCUGGCCCAGCACUUGUCAGAGGCAUUGAAGGGCACCGGAUCGCUUGCUCAAGAACAGCAAGCCGCUUCAAGGUGUGGUCAGGACGGAAGUGUCACCGCAGGCUAUACCAGUCCUGCACGCCGCUGUGGCCACCACAUGCGCUCAGCCGUGUUAACGCUGCGGGCAGACAUGCCGGACAUGCAGGUGCAACAUACCCUGGGAGCACACCCUUGGAUGCGUUCAGCCUUGCUGCCUCGCUGCCCGCCAAAUGGAGCCUCCAGGUUGGAGGAGAAUCCGUGUACUGCAUCGUUGCUGCCAGUAUCAAGACAGCAAGGAGGACUCAGAGGCGUUGCUUCGCAGCUGAAUGAAGACACACUUCCUGAUGUGGACGAAACAUGUGCUGAACAAUCAGGAUGGAAUCCUGAAACGACCUUGGAGCGCAUCUUCGCACGAUCUGCAAUGAUGCCGAUAAGUCCAUUGCCUUCCCUAGAGCCCGCGAUGCCAGUAGGGUCUAUGGAGGAGGAUGUCAGAAUGCCCAUCCUUUUGCACAUCUACGAUGUCACGCAGGAGCCCAAAAUUCAGCGCUUGAACAAGGUGUUGGCCAACAAGCGGAUGCCUCUGAAGUUUGGUGGCAUCUUUCAUGCUGGGGUGGAGGUGGAUGGAAACGAGUGGUCUUAUGGUUGCACAGAUUCCUGGGAAGAUCCCGGCGUCACCCCCAACAUUCCAAAGAUGCACCCAGAUCAUCAUUAUAGGCAGACUGUGAAAAUGCGAACGACGGAUUUGUCUGCCCUGCAGGUGCAAGGCAUUCUCGAGGAACUCAUGCUCCAGUACACAGGGCCCACCUAUGACCUUUUCCGAAAGAACUGCUGCCACUUUGCGGAGGACUUUUGCCAGCGGCUGGGUGUUGGCUGCAUCCCCGCUUGGGUGCACAGGCUCGCUCGCCUUGCCGCCAGAAUCGAAAGCAUCCUUGAGGCAGCACAAAGAAUUCGAUCUCCCGGCUAACAGCUGCUAAAAUUUAGCAUUGCUGGCCACGGCUGGCCAAAGCAGAAAACUGCUUGCCAAGCACACUGCAGGCCUGAUCUACACGGCGGGGCAUGAUGAGACUGGCAACCGAAAUGCCAAACAACAAGCGCCCGCAGGAGCAUGCCCACCAGCUGCAAAGCAGCAGAUCUGGGCCGCAGCACCUGCCCCGAGAAAAACCUGUUCUGGUUUACCAAUCUGUGGA